AUGCCUACCGUCAUUGGUAACUCGACUCCCUGGAAGCAGAUCAGCGAAUCUCGCACCAGCGAGCUCCGCGACAGGCAAGAGAUCUGCUACCAGACUGCUGUUAUCUGGGCUCGGGUGACAGGUGAGAAGACUUUGGAUGACAGCGUUCAUGCUCCCACGCCCAACUGGCAGCUCGAGUCGAAAUGGCAAGUGACUUAUGAGUCCUACGUUUCUGAUCUAGCUUCGUCUCGCACUGAGAUGUUUCAUCGCUCGGCUGUCUCCCACGACAAGACUGCACCUCUCGCUGCUUCUCUGCAUGCCUCUGGCCACUACAAGAAAGCGACCGCAGCUGCCACCGCCGAUCCCACCGACAGCCCCGGAUAUGACAAUGAGUCUGGCAAGACUGACGAGAUCAACACCCUUGGCAGCACCAAUGAUACCGGCAUCCGUCCUGUCGCUUCUGCUAAGGACUUUAUGAAUUCCUUCCGAGCUUUGCGAGUCGCCGAAGCUGCCGCUGCUGCCGCUGCCGAGCCUGGCCCUCCUCGUCGUCUGUUGUUCAAGAACCUGCCUGAGUGGGCAACCAUCUCCCACGUUCUGCACCUUGUCUGGGGCGGUACCAUUGAGCGGGCCUGGAGUGAGACCUCUGGUGAGGUCAAUGUCCAGUUCACCGAUGCCGACGACUGCAACAGAUACUUCGAGCAGUAUUCCGAGGGCAUCUCCAUCAAGGUCGGUGAUGAUGGGACCCAGAUCUUCAUUGAGCUCAUGGACAAUGACAUUGAGCACCCUGAUCUUGCAAGCCGUAUCAGUGCCGAUGCUUCGCGUCUCGUGUGCCUCUCUGGCCUGGCAACUUCCCUGGUGGGACAAAACGAUGAGCCCAUUUUGGGUAUUGCCUCUCAGCCUGAGUGGGAGAAUAAGGAGCUUGAACAAAUUCUGAUCGAGUAUGGCACGGAUGUAAGUCUUCCUCCCAGCGUGGACUCCAUUGAUGUUGAAAUACUUACUGACUCAAUGAAGGGCACUCUUAAUAUCCAUGUCUCUUUCUUCAACCUUCACGACGCUUGGGAUUUCUACCAAGAUAUCAAGGAAGGCACUUAUGAUUGCAUUUCCAAGUUCGAGGCUGACCCGUAA